AUGAUUGAAAAUCCGAAAACGAGAGGAGCCUCAGUUCCGGUUCAUGUUGCUUCAUCUCCCAAUAAUUUGGGAACACUUCAUGGAAGAGCUUUCGGAAUGAGUACUUGCGGAUUGAAUAAUGAUAUCAGUUUGAUGACUCGGGCAGAACACUCACUUUCUAAGGCACAAUAUGGACAAGAUCCACCUGAGGAAAAACGGGAAAUACCUUCGACCCGAUUUGGAGUUACUAUUGAGAGCAAUGGGACAGCAGGAGAAGUGAUACAUCCUUCCGAACCACCUCUUGUAUCCUAUUUUAGAGAAAAGAAAGAAGCGCUGUACAAGAGAGAGCCUGUGGGUCACUCAAGCAAACACGUAAAAUUUGUCAAAGAACAUCACAAGGGAACCCUCACGUUUGGAGUAAAAACUCAAUACAAUGAGAGCGCAAAGAAUGUGUUGUAUCCCAUUGACCAAUACGAGCAAAAUGAAAUGGAAAAGGAACGUAAUGAAUUGUACAAAAUAUCUCACCAAGCAUGGGAAGCUGGAGAGCAGAUCAAUAGAAAUUACGACUGGGAGAAUACACCAAUCAAAGAUCCACAAAGGCAUCGAUUUGGAAAAACUCUUCCACCUGAAAUAGAUGGAGCAAAGCAAACACUCUCUAAUUAUUACCAACCUCCUACCCCUCAACAAUUAAUUCAUGAUGAGCCAGUUCCCACCACGUCACAAUUUGAAGGUAAAACCUUUGGAAUGCGAAACAAAGUCGAUGAAUGGGGAUCUAUCGAUUGUAUUAGAGGCUACAAUUACGGUGUUGACAAAUAUCCUGAUCGUGGAUUUACUGCUCCCAUCAUUCCUGGAACAGAACAUAUGGUUUUUGGUGUCAAAUCCAAGCAAGACCUUGGUGCCAUUGCAGUCCUUUCAAAUCGAGUUGACAUUCCAGAACGAGACAAGCCUCUUUCCAAAAUCGAAUUGCAAGAGUUUGUACAAGAUGUAGUGGCUCAAGAAGGAGUAGAGUUUGAUUCUGUUUUUCAGUACGCGACCGAGAAAAUCGGUUCUGACCAGCUCUCUAUUAAUCAAUUCCUCAAUAUUUUCAAUAGUCUUUACAAUUCAUAA